GUAUAAACCAUGAAGGCGUGUCAGCAACUGCAGUCUAAACAUAAAGAUCCACAGAGGUCACACAGGAUCACACAGAAGGAAGUGAGCUGCAGACUGAAGCACAGUGGUGAUGAACAUUUGGGAGAAGAUGAUCUGCAGGAUCCUGCUGCUCGUCAUGCUCACCUCAUGUGUCUCUGGAUCAUUUGUAGUGAAUGUGACACAGACCUCCUAUCAGGCAGAGGAGAACCACAACAUCACACUGGAGUGGACGUUCACCACCAACCCUGGCAGAUCCCCCAAAUCUCUUUUUGUCUUCUGUGAAUUGAUAACUCAGUAUAAAGAUUCAGUCCUGUAUCGUGUUCGUGAAGGUGUCGAGGUGUCAGAGUCUCAGGAUGAAAAGUUUUCAGGACGAGUCCAGAGUGACAAAGACGCCCUCAGAGAAGGACGAAUCAGACUUCAACUGUCCAGACUCAGGACUGAUGACUCGGGUCUGUACCUGUGUGAGGUCAAUGCAGGUUAUGGCUUCGGCUCUGCCAGAUGUCGACUCAGCAUCAUUUCUACUGAUGAGUCCAAACAUCCAGCAGACAACCCACAACCGGAGAGUCGAGGAUGGCUCCACCUGUAUCCUUUAUUGAUACUGCCAGUUGCAGCUCUACUGAUCAAACUCUGUUAUAAAAUCAUCAAAAGAAAACAUAACGUAAAUCUAAACAGUCACCACCUAAGCAGCGACUGCAGUGAAGCAGUGGUCAACUUGAAUAAUUCAGACCCAACUCAUUUUGCUGCUUCGUUAGAAGCUACAUCCACCAUCUUCAUCUGAGUGAGGACCUCCCUGAACUCCAGAGAUCCACAUGUUAACAGCUGGGUCUGCAGUGGAAGCUUUGUGGGACCAUCAACCUCAGUCUGAGCAGAGAAACACUGUCUGCAAAUACUGAUGGAAAAAUUCAAAGCUCUCAUCGCACAUAUCAGAAAUAACAUCCCUUUCCUCUUUAAGUUCUUUUAUUUGUUUGUGUCAGAUAUUUUCAGAGGAAUCUUUAAUAUUCGGCUCUUCAGUUUAUAGAGUAACAGAUCACUGCGUUGUUCUCCCAUCAGCUGUUAUCAAUAAUUACUGCUAAAAAUGUGCCUGAACUCAGCAAGUUAAAAGAGUUCAAAGUGUUGGAAUGAAGUCCUAAUAAUGUGACUAUGGAUAGCCAUAGUUAGAAUGUACUACCUUUCCUAAAGUUACUGUUUAUGUGUAUAUAUUGUAAACAAAUCCUUAUUUAUAUGAGAGAAGUUUCGAUUCUUCUGUGUAUAUGUGUGUGUCCAAAUCAUUUUAUCAGUGAUCCAGGAGAUCUAUGAGAGCAAUACCAAGAAGAGUCUAACGUGCACUCGAAAAAAGCCAAAGGU